UACACAUAGAUAGUGCAGAACCGUGGCAUAUAUAUCUAACUGACAAAUCUGCUAGUAGUAACAAGGACUAUCUGCUUAACACGUUAAUACAUGAAAUUGGACACUCAUUAGGAUUACCACACAGUUCGCGUGAAGAAUCCAUAAUGUUCGCAGUUGUCACUGCUAGGAAUAAUAAUAAUAUCGUUAAACUGAACAUAGAAGACAUUUUAGCCAUUCAACAACUUUAUGGAAUUAAAAAUCCAAAACCAACAACAACAACAACAACCACACAACCACCAACUACUGAAAUUACAACAAAUACACCCACGUACAUAGAUCUCUGUACUUUACAAUAUGUGGAUACGGUGUUGGUAUUACAUCAUCGAAUAUUCGUCACGUAUCAACGCUACGUAUGGUCGAUAGAUAUAAAUGAUGCAAAAUACGAUGGACCACACAUACUAAACAGUUACAUGGAUUUCCUUCCGAAUAAUUUCUCCUUAUCAGCAGCAUAUCAAAGACCUUCGGGUGAACUAGUACUGUUCAUACACGAUAUAAUUUACAUGGUUGAGUAUCCCAGUUUCAAAUUAAAAGAAGGCUGGCCAAAACGUCUCUCAAGUCUAGGAUUUCCCCCGAACAUUUUCAUCAAUACCGUAGUAAAUACUAACAGAGGACAAACCUAUGUGAUCUUCAAUAAUAACGAUGUGGCGCAAAUAGAUGAAUGCAAUAUGAGUGUUCGUUCAUAUCACUCGUUACAAGCGGUAUUUCCGGGAAUACCGUCAGCUCCCACCUUAGCCUUCCGAUAUAUGGAUGGUAAUCUACAUCAAAUCACACAUCGUUCUAUCGUACGCAUUCUCGAGAGAAGAUAUCCGUUAACCGUAACUGGCUACAAAUACUUGAACAUUGGUAUUAAUGUCAAACUCCCUUCUUACGUAACUAUCAUUUUGGGAGAUUCUCACGGUAAAGAGAUUCCGCUUUCACCGGACAUCUGGAAAGAGCUUCUUGAACAAAAACACGUCAUUUUGUCCCUUUUGCAGUACGAUGAGAAUAAUAGAGGAAUACGCGCGACGCCGUCUCCAUUGUAUAUUGGAAAUUUAACGUUACGCUUCGGACGAAUCAAUAAUCUACCAAUACUGCGCUUAGAAACAAGUACAGCUCGUCUAUCCAUGUCUAAAAGCACUGUACUUAAUAUAUUUAACCUUGAAUACUGUGUGAAUCGUCUCAUUUCCUCCUUAACCGCAAUGACUGAUAACGUUGAUAAAAAAUUUUCACGGCUUCUCGCUAUCGCGUCCACUGUCACGAAAUCUGCGAACAUGUUGAAAAUGAUGUAUGAUGACGAAUCCUUCGACCGCAACAACAUCCUCGAUUGUGAGUUGAUUGCUCUGGUUUUCGGAGAGCAUUAA